GUGCUGUUGUUUGAUCAAACACCCUCCCCGUCAUAGGACAUAGCAGCACACAUCAGUGCAGAGACAGAGAGAUGAGCAAUACAUCUGAAGAUCUCCUGAUCAUCUAUGAGGCAGAGGCUGAGCAGUGGGCAUCGUACCUGCGCUUCCAUCUGGCAGGCCCCAUUCCUGAGGCUGGCAUCUGUUGUUAUGAUAUUGCUUUGGUGACCAGUCGCCGGGAUGACUUCCUGCGACUUGGUGGAUACAAAUGUAAGCUACUUAUCCUAUCGCGUGGCAUGCUGGAGGGGCUAUGCCAGCUCCGGCGGUUCUUUCUGGCUCGUGUAUUGCGACCAGAGACCAGAGUGGUGAUUCUCUUGUGUGGAGUUGAAAGCUUGGAUCCUCUGCUAGAGCUGGUUCGACUGAAGGGAGAGCAGUGUCUCCAAAUCUCCAGCGAGCAGGAGCCCCAGGACUAUCGACUGGCUGUGGCAGAGAUUGUACACAAAGGUGGACAGGCAGCAGCAGUGGAUGGAAUAUCAGUCCAGGAGCUGAAAAUACAGAAGAAACUGUCUUGUGGAGCUCUUGUUGCAAAUCAGUCUUUACUGGUUCUACCCAGCCGUGUACCGUGUGAGAAUCCAAUGGAGAUCUUCAUUCUUCUGCAGGAGGCCUUGGCCAGCAAAGACGCAGAGGUGGAGUUCAAUGGGAAUAAGCAGCGAGUGAGAGUGAAGCCUGUAAAUUGGAAUGAGAGCACACUGAAAGUGACUGCACCUGAUUUUACUGCUGGACAUGUCAUUGUAACACUUUACAGUAAAGGCCUUGUGAAAGGCAAUGCCUGCUUACAAUACUACACCAUCAUGGAAGAUAUUGCCCACUUCCUUCAGCAGGCUGCAGAUCCUGUGAAGUUUAUGUGCCAGGCUUUUCAGGUGUCUUCCUUGGAGAAGCUGGAUCAAACUCUGGCUUCUUGUUUAAUGCAGAAAAUGCCAACAGGAGGUUUCCAGGGCUUGCAGUGUGAUCAGUCUCCUGCUGGAGAGUGUAAUUCAGAGGACAUUCCUACCCUCCUACAUUUUGCGGCCCAGCAUGGAUUGCGAGAUCUGGCCAGUGCUUUGCUGCAGUAUCCUGGAUCCCGGCAGGCCCUUAAGAUCCCCAACAGCCAUGGACACACACCACUGGAUCUUGCACACGUACAUGGACACAACCAGCUCUACAUCCUCCUACAAGAGUCAUUGAGAAACAAGAGUGUCAAAAUUGCAGUAACUACAAAAUCCAAGCUAAUACCAAGGCAAACCACAAUACUUGAUGACAAUGAUGGCAACAUUGACACCGGUGUAUAUGAGUUGAUGGGCAGAGCAGAUAAUCUUCGGUUGGUUGAUCCUAAUGAGGAACACCAAAACAAUGAAGAUGAAAAUGUCUAUACUCCCCUGGGUAGAGAUGGAGAAGAGUAUGACACCAUCCUCACAUCCAGCAGCUCUGUAGUAAUAGUGAACCGCCCCCCUGCACCGACCCCUCGGCCUGACUCCCUUCCUACCCCAGAGGACAAGACUUCCUUCAUCGCACAAGUUUUCCAGAAGAAAAAGUCACAAGGAGAAGCUGAAACAUUGUACUCUUUUCCCACAAGACAGGCGAGGCAGAGGGACAGCAUCUCAACCACUUAUGACACCUUUGUGCCCAGUCAGCCACCAGGACUGGACGAGCUGAUAAAACUUCAGCAGGAGGUGAAGAUAGGCUCUCUGAGUAUAGAUGAUGCUCUGGAUCAAUUCAAUGACUGGCAGAGGCUUCAAAAGGGAAUGGAUAGCAUCCAACAGGAGAAAAUACAGCAGCUGAGGGCUAGUAUCAUCAACAACAGAGAGGAUGAUGAGAGUGUCUAUGAUAAAAUCAGCAUCAUUCAUCACACACCAACUGCAUCUGCAAAUGAGUGUCGAAGAGCGAGCCAGCAAGCGGACACUGAGUUCUACAGUAAACCUAUAAAAGGACAAAAUUCAAAUUUCUUCAGGAAGGCAGACAAACAGUAAGAUCAUCCUGAUUGUGGAAGCACUGAUCUGUCAAAGAAAUACACUAAACAGGAAAUUAUACAAUAUAGUGUACAUUAAUAUCUACAAUUUCAUGGCAAUUUGUAACUAUUUUACAUGCUAAAUUGCAGCUAAUUUGUAUGAAUUUUUUAUGAUCCCAUUUGUACACGUUCAUAUGAUCUGCUGACGGUUUAGGUGUGGGUUUAGUGGUGGACCUUCAUGGUUACUUUUUUAUAAAACUCAUACUUUUUCAUACUAAACACAUUGUAUGAAUUCAUACGAAAGUGCGUAAAAUAGUGAAGUUUUCUCAUUAUAUCAGGUUGGUUAAUAUCCAGUGUCAGAGCAAUAAUAAAUAAUUAUUCACUUGUAUUCAUAUUCCACUAGGGUAAUACUUUAGAAUAGGGAAUACCAUUCACUAUUAACUAGUUGCUUAUUAGCAUGAAUAUUGCUAACAUAUUGGUUUAUUAGUACUUACAAAGAUUCAUAUGAAUGCGUUAUUUUGCAUGACCAUAUUCUAAAUCCCUUAACCCUACCCCAUAUCUAAACAUAACUACCACAAACAACUACCUUACCUACUAUCAAUAAGCAUCAAAUUGGGAGUUUGAGAGAAAACUCUUAGCUAAUAGUGAAUGUGUUCCCUAAUCUAAAGUGUUACCCCCACUAUUGAUUAUUUCAUUAUCCCACUAUUUCUUCUUUUUAACUGACUGCUCAAGAUUGUGUUGUGCAUUUUUAUACAGAGAUUUUAAUCCUUUUUGUAUCCUUCACUGCCACUAUUUAUCAAAAAUCAUUUAGACAAUAUAUUGACAAUUUCUUUACAAUGAUGCCAAUAAAGAUAAUUCAACCUGAGAAUUUACCGUAAUUUGAUGAGAAUGUCUUUCUAAUGUCUUCUGAUUAAUGGUUUUAAAGAUAUCGUAGUUACAUUGCAUGUUCUGAUCUUGCUAUAUUAUUAUUAUUAAGCAAAUUUACUGCAAGAAACCAGUGGAGCCCAGUGGGGAAUCUAAAAACCUGCAUGCAUUUCUUAUCAAACCAUGCCAGUCUUGGCUGUGGAAUGUUCACAAGGGGGUGCUGUGCUACUAAGCAUGGUAAUCAGUUUUCUGGCUCAGAUCUCUCAUGUUGUAUUGAUGGGCAUUUUGAUAGACAAAAACAAAGCCACCACAAAACCCAUUGUCCCUGUGGACCUCUCAGUACCAUACGGAUCGCUGAUUGUAAGUAAGGACACAAACAAACGUCUGGGAAAAAGCAUCUACAGAAGAGUGAGGUCUUCCCACAUGCUGCUUCGGUGACAGGGGACGUGGCUCUAAUGUGGCUCUGUGAUUUGAGGAGAAACACCGGGAGCAGCGCUGCGCUCUGCCUGCCAACCCUAGCAGCUGGACACAUUUGCAUUAUCAAUCAUGCUCUUUGUGAAUAAUAUGUAUUAAAGCCUUGCCACUCCACAGUGCUUAGAUGAGCCAGUUU